UUGGAAGAAUCUCUGCUAGCUAUCUCCGCCGUAGCCAUGGCGGCUUUCCGAUGCGCCGUCUUUACAUCUCCUUCGACUCUGCUUCCGUCGUACUCCACCGGCAAGAGAUUCUCCUUUAACGUUAUCCGUUGCUCUUCUUCCGUUUCAAUUCCACUCUCGUCGAAGUUACCAAGAAGAAAAAAUUACCUGCGACCUAAAAUCCUCAGAACAUUAAACCCGAAGUCGAAGGAAACCGUGUUAACCGGAAUCGAAUCGCCGGAGAAUUUUCCUCCAAGCGACGUAUUAUCCAAGGAAGACGAUGGUGUAGAGGAGCUUCAGUUCUCAAGUAGCUCGGUUGUGUCUAACGAGAUGAAUGGGAUAUUGAGUAAGCUCUCUCCGAAGUUAGUAGCCAAGUAUGGAUUGUGUUUGAUCGGAAUAUUCGCUUUUCAAACUGUUUGCGCUGUUUUGUUUCUGGGAAACACAACAAAAUCCGAGAAAACUCCGGAAAUUUCAAGUGAAAAUGUAGAUAGCAGAAAUGGGAGAACAAGCAAUGUUGUUUCGCUAGAGGAUCUUGAGAUGAACGAGAAGAUUGAAGAGAUCAGAGCGAUGGCACGUGAAGCACGUAGGAGCGAGGAAAAGAGUGGUGAGAAAGAAGAAGAUGAGACCUUGAAUCCUGGUGGAGGGAUUGACAUUGAGAGAGAGAUUGAAGCAAGAUUGUCUAACAUGGAGAAACGGUUGAAUUCUCAGAGAAAAGGUUUGGCCGGAUUGCGUGUAGAGCCUUUGGAUGGAUCAAGAAAUGAUGAUUUGAAGGAUGAGAAGAAAAGUUUGAUGUUUGAGAAGAAGUACAAGUUUAAAGCCGAGAAACCUCCAACGGGUAAUGUGAAAGGCUUUGGUGGAAGUAAGGGAAGGCAAAAUGGGAAUGUUAGUGAAUCUCGAGAUGGUGAGAAGAUUCCUGAAGAAGUGCAAGAAGAAGUAGGGAGUUCAGAUUCCAAGAUGGUUUCUGGUGCUGCUCAGGAACCUGAGCAAAGGCGAACAUCAAACGAAGUUAACAAGUCAAGAAAAUCUGGAAGUCAAGUGGACCGUAAACCAAAUAUGGAAGCUGGUUCUGGAUUUGGUAGGACUUCAUCGUCAGGCCAACAUGGAGAAGUCAGGAAAGGAAAACAGAGAGCCAGGGAGAAACAAUCUGGGAAUGAGAACAAUAUGUGGUGGCUGAAGCUUCCCUAUGUGCUGAGAAUUCUUAUGCGGAGUAAUAUCGACCAAGAAAUAACUGAGGGAUAUUUUACUAUGAGGACGGAAUCUAUGGAACAAAACGAGGGCCAGGUCUCACACAUGAUUGCAUUUGAGGAUCAAAGUGAUGCUAUAAACUUCUCCUAUCUGCUCGAAUCAGUUUUCGAAGACUUGGAUGAUUUCAGCGCCAAUAUAGCUCCUAUAUCAACCAAGGAUCUUUAUAACGAAUUGAGUUCUGGUGGCAAGAAUGUGAUUGUCGUGAAGAAGAGGCAGCUUACGCUGUAUGCUGGACAACCAUUUGAAGAUGUUGAAAGAGCCCUACGUACUCUGAUCCAAGAACAACGAUGAAAGAGUAAUAAACAAGUUGCAGCGAUACGAUGUUUUUUUCAUGGAGCUUGAUAAAUCAAUGAGCUAUCCACCUACAUUACUAGGCAACGACGAAGCUGCGUUUAGUUAAACAAAUUAAGUGGCAGAGAUAGAUUUGGAAUGGUUUUCAGAUUAUUAUAACAAUAAAUGUCUCACUAAUUCUGAAAUUUUGGGAAAUUCGAUGUUUAGGAGGCCCAUGUGAAAUGCAAGAGAGACAUUGAUUGUUUUUUGUUUUCUUCUUAUACUUAUAUUUAUGUAAUUUAUUGCAAUAUUUACAGAUGUAAAGUAUGUGCAACUUUCAAUGCAUUGUUCAUCAA